AUGAAACCAAGUAAUACAAUAUUAAACACUUCCCAGUCGAACAGUGUGGACGAUUAUGACGAUGAACCUGAUGAAUGGGACAAAAGAAUCAUUGACACCGGAUGUCAUCAAGAAAACUUGAACUUGCAACUAUGUCAUGCAGAUACUGGAGACUGGAGAAAAUGCCUAAAAGAAAUGCAAGCGUUCAGGCUUUCUUUCCUUUAUUCCAGGUUGUUUAACUACAUGCCACCGUUGAAACAGUCAAGUAGCAUACAACAUGCGAAUGGGGACCCUAAGCCUAAACCUCCUGUACCAUUCAAACUAACAUUAUACCCUCCAUCACUACGACCUGCGCAGAACCAGAACCAGAACCAGAAUCAGACCAGUUCCAAAGAAGAAGAUGUGCUGAUUGAAAUAUCCAGUGAUGAAGAGCUUGAUGGCGAUGAGAGGUAUCCUGAAGAAGCAACAAGGGACAUCAAGCAACUUAUAGAAGAGUCAACUGACAAGCAGCUAUUCCAUGCUAGAUUGAAGCGACUAGAGAAGGAUAGUUUAAACAGACUUGAGAAUAAAUGGACUGGUAUAAUAUCAAAGUACCUGAGUAUAAAUGAUGACAUGGAGAGCGACGAAAUUGACUUGGUGACGGGAGACAUUGUUACCAAUAACGGGCAUUUGAAUAGACUCAAAAGUGGUGGAAGCGGUGGUGCUAAAAGUGCUAAGAAGCUCACAGUAUUCAAGUUAUGGAAGCAGGAGGGGGAUACCAAGCAAGAUGAAGCUAUUAGAAACAGACUACGGAAACUAGAGCAGCGUUCUCUGAAACAACAGGAUAAAAAUAGGAGGCGUCGUAUGCAGAUUUCAUCACCACUGAAAUCAUCGAGUAGUCAAUUUGCUUCAAUUACAGGAGACUCAUUCCGCAAUAUCUCGCCGACUAAAGGACAAGUCCCCACUGCAGUUGAAACAGACGAAUCGCCUACCAAGAAACGAAAAAUAUUCGAUCAGCAAGUGUCUGAGACAUCUGCUUCUGAAUAUAGUGAAACUGAAAGUGAUAUAUCUAGCGAUUAUUCAAUUGAUGAUGGAAGCGAAGCUGAUAACACCGUCGAGGAAGAUGAAUCCUAUGAAGAGAACGCGAAUGAAGAGUCAAGAGAUGAGAACGAGGUGGAAGGUGCUGACUAUGUAAAUGAUGAGAAAGAAUAUCAAAUGGGACAGCUGAAUGCAAAAUAUUUCAAACAGCAGGAAUUGACACUAUUAAAUGCACCACGAUUGGGGCCAAAUAGUGGGCCUCUAGCAAGAUAUACACCAGAACCGGAGUCACUGUCAGGAAGUGACAUUCCAAGACUGAUAUCGAAAACCAAAAGAGGAUCUGGAAUUGAAUUUGGCUUGAUUUCAACAAGGCAUCAACAGCAGCGGCUGCCGGUGAAACUGAUGAAACAUCGUCAAGUAACGGACAAGGAUGAUAUAAGGGACGAAAGCGAUGACUCUGUGCAUAAUGUUAGUCAUUUAUUCUUAGAUCACUCACUGCCAAAAUCUAACAAGAACUGUAGUCGACAACUGGCAAAUGAGAGUCGGUUUGAACCUUCACCGUUUCUUGGUAAAUCGCUGCCAGCAAGUUCCCCACAAGAUGCCACUAAUAUAAAACAAAUGGAUGUAUAUGGAACACAUACAUUGACGUCGUCUUUUUCAUCAAGCCCUUCGAAGCCGCCAAAACCCGUGACCUUGCCAAGUAGCACAUCUUGUGAAUCGUUCGAGGAACAAAUCAGCAUAGUUGAAGAGCCAUACUACUUCAUGGGGAAUAGGGCCCAUACUGCUUCAUCACUGGCAUUUAAAGUUUUCAACUGCUAUGUUAACAACUGCUCAUAUUGCACCAUGAAUAAAAAAGUGUACUCAUCACAUCUUAUUAAACAUCACUCGAAGUUGCUUUACAAAUUGGGAUACCCAGUUGAACCUAAAUCUGAAUCUAAACAUGGCUUGCUUAACAAUGAGUCAAUUGACAAUCAAAUCACCGACCUCAAUAAGCAGAGGCUACUUCGUGAAUUUCCCUUGCGUUUUGAUUUACCUGCUUCAAAACAUGUACACAAAUGUGAUCAAAAAAUCAAUGGUGCCGACAACUGUCAAAUGUUUUUCUUGCAUGCUAAAGAUUUAAUGAAACAUAAACAGAGUGGCACAUGUAGUUUGCAAACACAAAUUAUCUUUUGCCCCAUUUUGGGGUGUGGGUAUAUGACCGAUGGCGGGUAUGAUGAAUGGCGGGCCCAUUUGAUUGAUGCAGGACAUUGUGCGAUGACGCGAGGUGAAGCUAAGAUUGGAAAUGGUGAUGAGCCAGUUGGUGUAAGUUCACCUAUGGUUGGCGAUGACAAUGAUAGUGAUGAUGGUGAUGACGAUAUUGAAAUUAUGGAAAUAAGGUCAGUCAGUGGAUUUGAGGAUAAGUCAAAUGAUAAAGACAGAAACCCAAAUCAUGAAAUGAGACAACAGAUUCCCCCACAAAACCCAAAACCAAAUGAUGACUCACCUACAAAACGUACCUUUUUACUAAGUAAUCUCAAGGUCUUGGCCACUCGUUCGCAAGAUGAUAGAUGUCCUACCAAGUUGCCAGCUAAAACCCAAGUUGACCUGGACUAUGAUUCAAUUGAUGAAGUAUUUGAUUGA